UUCGGUCGCAGAGCAGACUAUUUCCCUUUCCAAUGCUGUGUAUUCUGAUUCAUGUUUUAUAUUUGCGAUGGCACAACGGUAGAUUUAGACGAUAAUAUGACAAAGCUUAAAAAAAUAAAUACACGACUGUUACACAGCAUUUCAACACCAUGAUCUAUGUGGUCGUGUGCAUUCCAGAAACAAUUUGAACUGAAGGAAGCUACAGCAGCCGACAAUAACAUAAAUGGUUCAUGAGGUUGAAGACUUUCAUGGUGUGUACUUGCUAUGCUCCUUGAAUCCGCGCUACAAAGGACGAACAUACAUUGGGUACACAGUAAAUCCCAAUCGGCGAAUCAAACAGCAUAAUGCAGGCUCACAAGCAGGAGGAGCAUGUCGAACCAGUGGUCGAGGACCAUGGGAGAUGGCGUUGAUUAUUCAUGGGUUUCCAAACAACAUUUCAGCUUUGCAGUUUGAAUGGGCCUGGCAAAAUCCAGAUAAAUGCAGGCGCCUUCGUGAUGCCCCUGUUUUGAAGAGACGUUCCGAAACUGCCUUCCAGCAUCGAUGGAGAAUAGCCUGUCUUCUUCUUCAAGUGGGACCCUGGUAUCGCUUUGCCUUGACCAUACGGUGGCUAAAACAAGAUUACAAGCUGGACUUCCCCACAGACCUUUCUGCGCCCUUACACAUGCCUGUUGUUUUUGGUCCCGUGAUCAGCAAAACUCUUCAAGACAAGGGCAUCAGUCCAAAGAAAAGACUAAAGCCUUUAGCAGAUGAAGAGAGUGCACUUGAGGAGGAGCUGAAUAGUAUACCUCGUCUCAUCAGAAACAAUCGUGUGUGUGCGGUGUGCCACCGUAAAUUAGAGCCUAAUGACAAGCGUCUGAUGUGCUUCUUGCCAAACUGCCAGAUGGUCAGCCAUAUCAUUUGCCUUGCUAACCGCUUCAUUGGCAAUGCCCAAACUAUGGACCUCAUCCCUAUCCAGGGUGCAUGUCCUGGGUGCAAACAAACGUUGUUGUGGGGGGAUUUGGUUCGUCACUUCCGGGGAUGCUAUCAAAACCUGUCGCAGUCAGCAACAGAUAAUGGUCAGGCUGAUCAAGCAGCUCACUGGGCUGAUGAAGUACACUUGAGCCAAGUCUGAUGGCAGAAACAGCAGUGCAACAUUGUUUCAAUCAAGAUCUAUUUAAGCAGCUCAUAAGCAUGUAUGUGGUGAAUGAUUCUUAAUAAUUUUAAAGUAAAAAUGUUAUAUAACGUGCUAAAGAACAACAGUAGUUAAUCAACACAUUUUUUACAGCUCUGUUGAGCUACUUUUAACUAAUGAAUGGAUUGUUUUUGUUGCAAUAACAAUGUUUUAUCUUCUUGCAUAAGCUCGUCAUCUGUCGGCAAAAUAUAGUUAUCCACCAGAGUAGUUCUUUCCCUCUGUCUUUACUGCUCUCAGGUGUGGGGACAUUUUUCUUAUAUCUUGAACUCUCCAGGAGAAAUCUUUAUGAAUAUAAAUAUUUGUCCAUUUUGGUUUUACUCCUUUGUUUCAAAAUUUUAGCUUAGUCCUUAAAGAAUGGCUAAAGCAAUGAUCGGUGAGUUCGGUUUGUUGUGUACAUGAUCAAACACAAGCAACUUGGUCACCUAUAAUUUCUCUGGCAUUAUCUCUAGAUUAAAUGACAGAUUUCUGGGCAAGUCAUGGUUUGUUUCUUUUGUCAUCCUGAGAAAUCUCAUACCUGAUGAUGAAUUCUAGAUAUGUCCUCAAGAUCAACUGUCUUUCAAUGUCAUUUAGAAUUUGCUUUAGAAACAAGUUCUACUUAGCUUGAGUAUCUUCUGAUUAUUUUAGCACUUUCCCUUCCACAGUCAGAGUACAAAAAGCACCCUUGAUCUCACAUUUAAUUAGUUUGUUCACAUUUAGCAGAUCUCUUUCUUUCAGAAAAACAGAAUAAUCCUUGUACAUGCAGAAUUUGUUCUGGCUCAAAUAAGUUGAGUUUUUCAAAGGUUUAAGGAACCUUUGACAGUUCAGUCCUGAUAUCUAGCAAACUGGUCAGUCUUGUAAAAAUGGAAUGCACAGUCUCUUGUGGUUGACACAAAUAAUGGGGACAACAAAGGCAUAAGUCAAUGGGCCAGAAACCACAGCAGGGAACUUUGGAAGGACAAAAACCAGGUAAAAACAUGUGAUCUCCCCUUAUGAAUACAUUUGACAAGUAGUAAUAUCACCAAAUUGUCCACAGACAUUAUUACUAACCACUAAAUAAUAAAAAUACUAAUAAUUAGCGGUUAUUUCAAGCCAACAUGUCAAAAGUAAAAUUAAUCUAAAUGUGAAAAGAAACAACUCAAAGUGAUGACUGGUACAACCAAAAAGAAGAAACAAUUUUUUCUUUACAAUUGUUAGACAGUAACCCUGGUCAGGGAGAAUUUGCUUUCCUCGCCAUACAUUUCUCGAUUACUCUCCAGGUUGAACCUCUGAAUCUUUUUCUCCUCCUCAGUCAACCGCUUGAGAUCUUUUUGUAUUUUUAAAAGUCCUCCCUGUUCUCACUGGUGAAAACUGAUUUAGAACCAUCUUGAUCUUAGGACUUGUAGUUUGUUGUUAGCAUGUACAACACUGUAAUGUUAAUAUCUUAAGAAUUCUUGUAAUUUUAUGCUGUGAAUGAAUUGAUAAAUUGCUGUUGAGCUAUGCUUCUAUGAAUGUGAAUUAAGGAAUGCUGUAUGUACUAAAGGUGGAAGAGGG